AUGGCCGACAACAACCAGGGCGACGGUGCUUCCGGUAGCUUCUUUAGCACCAUUCCUGACUUCUACAGCAUCCAGCUUGAUAUCGUUGGUUUCCUCGCUAUCCUCGGCGAGGGUUCCGUGCUAGCCAAUGCUCAAGUUUCGACCCUGUCAAAAUGGAUGUUCGUUCCGCGUCUUCUCCCCGCGCCGCAGGCUUUGCUGCGCCCUUCUCGCCCCUCGAGGCUUGAUCCUGCGCUAGGAAGGGUCACCGGCGUCGUGUCCGGCAACGACCGCGAUGCUCUAAACCAUAUCGGCUCCAUUGUCCUCGAUGCCGACUCCCUAAACGAGUUUGAUGUCCGCUGCGUCGAGAUUGAGCGCAACGACGAGGCUCCCGUGGUCAAGGCUCGUGCCUUUGGCUGGCUCACUGCAAACAACGUUCUCGGUGCCCUCUUCGCCCUGGCCAUUCUCGUUCUUGCGGCCAUUUGGGAGGAUGGCAUGGCUCUCAUUGCAGUCUGCUGUCUGUCCCUGCUUUCGACUGUUAUUGGAUUCGGCAACAAGUGGACCUUGAAGCUACCUAAGCGGAGAUACACCAAGGGCAAAGUUCCUCGUGGCGAUGUCGUCAUUCGCCAUCCAAAGGGCAGCUUUUUGGUGGUCAGGUGCAGCGAAGACGUCGCUCGUGAGAUCUUCUUCGCCCCAGAGAACAUCGAGUACCUCAUCGAAGACCAGGUCCUGUACCGUCUUCUCGCUCUGGUUGGUUCCAUCAUGCUUAUGGCUGGUGUCAUCUGCCUCGCCAACUGCAAAGUCAAGUCCCAAAUCUGCUUUGCCGCGGCUUACUUGAUCCUGAACGCCUCGUAUUGGAUUGUUGCCGCCAUUCCCGCUCGUGUCCACUGGAACACUUCUGCCUUUAUUGUCAGGCCACAGUGCAUUGGCGAGGCCAAGGAGAGGACCAAGUUCACAGACAAGAACGAUUCCUUCACCCAGGCAUUGUUCAAAGCCAUCGUCGCUACCAAGGAGACCGACUGGGUCCAGCUCGGUGACGCCGCACCGCGGACUGAUGUCUGGAACCAGUGGCUGCGCGAGGCCAAGGAGGCAGCAAGAGGCGCCGGUGUCGAUUAUGACAAGGAGACCAAGAUGACCGUUUAUAAGGUCCCUACCGACUUCGAUCCCCAGGGCAGGCUGAGAGACCUGCUUAACGAUCCCGACUUUAACCAACACAUGACGCAGGCCGCUCAGUCAUAA